AUGAGUUCCCUUGACCAGGAAGAGCAGCAGUAUCUGCAAGACGUGGAGGCUGUCAAGAAGUGGUGGACCGACUCACGAUGGCGCUACACCAGGAGACCAUUUACAGCUGAGCAGAUUGUGCAAAAGCGAGGCACCAUCAAGAUCGAAUACCCCAGCAAUGUGCAGGCCAAGAAGCUGUGGAAGUUGAUUGAGAACCGCUUUGCUACCAAAACUGCUUCCGCCACCUAUGGCUGUCUCGAGCCCACCAUGCUCACUCAGAUGAACAAGUAUCUCGACACUGUCUACGUCUCGGGAUGGCAAUCCUCGUCCACAGCAUCCUCUACCGACGAACCUUCGCCCGAUUUGGCCGACUACCCCAUGAACACCGUUCCGAAUAAAGUUCAACACCUGUUCAUGGCACAGUUGUUCCACGACCGAAAACAACGCGAGGAACGCCUCACCACACCCAAGGACAAGAGAGGAUCCGCCCCGAACGUGGACUACCUCCGGCCCAUCAUUGCGGACGCAGAUACCGGCCACGGCGGUCUGACUGCGGUGAUGAAGCUGACCAAGCUGUUCGUCGAAAAGGGCGCAGCCGGAAUUCACAUUGAAGACCAAGCCCCCGGCACCAAGAAGUGCGGCCACAUGGCAGGCAAAGUGCUCGUGCCCAUCUCCGAACACAUCAACCGACUUGUGGCUAUCCGCGCGCAGGCCGACAUCAUGGGCGUCGACCUGUUGGCCGUUGCCCGUACCGAUUCGGAGGCCGCCACGCUCAUCACCACCACGAUCGAUUACCGAGACCAUCCGUUCAUCCUGGGCAGCACCAACAAGAACCUGCAACCCCUGAACGACUUGAUGGUUGCGGCCGAGCACGCCGGCAAGAACGGCGACCAGCUCCAGGCGAUUGAAGACUCGUGGAUCGCCCAAUGCGGCCUCAAGCUCUUCGACGAUGCUGUGAUUGACACCAUCAAUGCCGGCGUGCACGUCGACAAGCAGGGUCUGAUUGCCAAGUACAAGGCCGCAAGCAAGGGCAAGAGCAACAGCGAAUGCCGUGCCAUCGCCAAGGGCCUGACAGGAGUCGACAUCUUUUUCGACUGGGACUCCCCUCGCACCCGUGAAGGAUACUACAGAUACCAGGGCGGCUGCCAAUGUGCGGUCAACCGUGCCAUUGCGUAUGCUCCCUAUGCCGACAUGAUCUGGAUGGAAAGCAAGUUGCCCGACUACGCUCAAGCCAAGGAAUUCGCCGAUGGUGUGCAUGCCGUAUGGCCUGAACAAAAACUCGCAUACAACCUCUCGCCCAGUUUCAACUGGAAAGCCGCCAUGGCCGCUAAGGACCAGGAAACGUACAUCCAACGCCUCGCGGACCUAGGCUACUGCUGGCAAUUCAUCACCCUUGCCGGCCUGCACUCGACGGCCCUCAUCUCCGACACUUUCGCAAAGGAGUUUGCGAAGCGCGGCAUGCGCGCCUACGGCGAACUGAUCCAGGAGCCCGAGAUGCAGAACAAGGUCGACGUCGUCACGCACCAGAAGUGGAGCGGCGCAAAUUAUGUCGACAACCUGCUCAAGAUGGUCACUGGUGGCGUGAGCAGCACGAGUGCCAUGGGCAAAGGAGUUACUGAGGAUCAAUUCCAUUAG